UCCAAGUCGCACACUCCGCAACCUGCACCAAACACCACAGCUGCCGCGUAGACAACCCCCGGCUCACACCAUGUCCUGUCGCUCCUACAGGAUCAGCCCAGGAUGUGGAGUUACCAGAAAUUUCAGCUCCUGCUCAGCUGUGGCCCCCAAAACUGGCAACCGCUGCUGCAUCAGCGCAGCUCCCUUCCGAGGAGUGUCUUGCUACCGGGGAUUGACGGGCUUCAGCAGCCGAAGCCUCUGUAACCCAAGUCCCUGUGGGCCCCGCAUGGCUGUUGGGGGCUUCCGCUCUGGCUCCUGUGGACGCAGCUUCGGAUACCGCUCUGGAGGCGUCUGUGGGCCCAGCCCGCCCUGCAUCACCACCGUCUCUGUCAAUGAGAGCCUGCUCACACCCCUCAACCUGGAGAUCGACCCCAAUGCUCAGUGUGUGAAGUAUGAGGAGAAGGAGCAGAUCAAGUGCCUCAACAGCAAGUUCGCGGCCUUCAUCGACAAGGUGCGCUUCCUGGAGCAGCAGAACAAGCUGCUGGAGACCAAGUGGCAGUUUUACCAGAACCGCAAGUGCUGUGAGAGCAACCUGGAGCCGCUGUUUGGAGGCUACAUAGAGGCCCUGAGGCGGGAGGCUGAGUGUGUGGAGGCUGACAGCGGGAGGCUGGCUGCUGAGCUCAACCAUGUACAGGAGGCCAUGGAGGGCUACAAGAAAAAGUAUGAAGAGGAGGUGGCUCUGAGGGCUACAGCAGAGAAUGAGUUUGUGGUUCUAAAGAAGGAUGUGGACUGUGCCUACUUACGUAAAUCAGACCUGGAGGCCAACGUGGAGGCCUUGGUGGAGGAGUCAAGCUUCCUGAAGCGUCUUUAUGAAGAGGAGGUCUGUGUUCUGCAAGCCCACAUCUCAGACACCUCUGUCAUCGUCAAGAUGGACAACAGCCGGGACCUGAACAUGGACUGUGUCGUGGCUGAGAUCAAGGCUCAGUAUGAUGAUGUUGCCAGCCGCAGCCGCGCUGAGGCUGAGUCCUGGUACCGCACCAAGUGUGAAGAGAUGAAGGCCACAGUGAUCCGGCAUGGGGAGACCCUGCGCCGCACGAAGGAGGAGAUCAACGAGCUGAACAGAAUAAUCCAGAGGCUGACCGCCGAGAUCGAGAAUGCCAAAUGCCAGCGUGCCAAGCUGGAAGCUGCUGUGGCUGAGGCAGAGCAGCAGGGAGAGGCUGCCCUCGCUGAUGCCCGCUGCAAGCUGGCUGAGCUGGAGGGUGCCCUGCAGAAGGCCAAGCAGGACAUGGCCUGCCUGCUCAAAGAGUACCAGGAGGUGAUGAACUCCAAGCUGGCGCUGGACAUCGAGAUCGCCACCUACAGGCGCCUGCUGGAGGGCGAGGAGCAGAGGUGUCAGCAGCUCCCGUGGAGGAGUCACAUGUGGGGGCCUCACUUAUGGCACAACCCCAGGGCGCCAGAUUGCCUCUGGACCCUCUGUCACUGGGGGCAGCAUCUCAGUGAUGGCCCCUGA